AAUGUCUGUAUCGUAAUUUUUAUUUAUUUCUUAUUUAAUGUUAGGGUUAGGCAUAUCAUUAGCAGUGUGAUUUAAGAAAUGAUUAGGUUUAAAAUCCCAUUUUAAGAUGAGAAAUUGAAUAAAUAGGCGGGGGUUAUGACUUUGUGGCUGUGGUAGCGACUGUGCUGGCGCUUGUUUGCUACGAACCAACUCAACUAUAGGAGCUAGCUUACUAAUGUUUACCGUUUGUUUGACAGUAUGACUUCCGGCCAAGGUGACGUUAUCUUUUCUCCGGAGUCAACCGUCACCUCCUUGUUGGCUAGUUCCGGACACCUGAGAGGCACCCAAAGCCUAAAUGACCCCGACCUGUCUCUCACCGGCAUCAGAUACCGGGAUCGGGACUAUGAAUCGGCUACUGAGGCCCUGGAAGCCUACAUCGCAGACUUUGACAGAAGCCUGCACACUAUUGAAACUUCUACCGGGAGACUGCAGCUCCAGAAAAUCCAGAUCAGUUCUGCUCUGCCCAGAACUGAGUUCAGGAAUAAAGAUGUUCUUAGAGAAAGACUAACGGACAGGGAGCUGGACUUCCUGAAUCUUCCUGUGGGUUCUGGUCGCCGUGGAGACUCAGACUGCAUCAGCCUGACCACCGACGACCUGCUGGUGCUCCCCUGUGAUGGCUCCCUACCCGUGACCCGCACCUCUGCCUUCCUCACCCAGUCUGGGGACUACCCUCUGGGGCAGAGCUCCCACUCUAACUCCUGGUCCUCUGGGAGGCCUAGGCCUAACAGCAGCUCUCAUAUUAAACGCUGCCUGCACUACUCUGCCCCUCACAACACUCCUCACAAGCUGUACCAGUCCAGAGUGGGAACUCGAGCAGGGAAAACUCAAAAGACAGAGCCCUUCACAGGCCUUAGAUCCUCAGGCCCCAGAGUGAAGGGGAGCCUGCCGCCCCAGCCCCAUCAUGGUCUCUACCACCAGACCCCAGGUCCAGAGGUGAACCAGAGGGACCUACCACCCCCAGACUCCCAUGGCCCUUUCUCCCCCCACCAUGACUACCCUCGCUGGCUGACCAGCCAAAAGUCUGAGAUGGAUUUCUCUGGGGUCACCAGCAUUCCUGACCUGAAGUACCCUGCCUGGCUCCAGGAGUGUGACAAUGUUCCCAAAGACAUUCCCACCACUACCGUAGACCUCUCAGAGUCUCAUAAGGAGACGCAGCAUUGGGGCCCGACCCAGACCUUGCCCCCCUCCCCUAGACCUCCCUCCUGGCUGGGUGAGCUGGAGGCUUCCUAUGAGGAGCUAAAAGGAAACAAGGAGGACGGUAACGGCGGCCAUCUUGAGGGCGUCUCUGGUUCUGAUGAUGACGGGCAACAACUUCUCAGAGGAGAGGCUGAUCACAGGACACUGAUGGAGUUGAGACGACAGUUUGCAGAGCGGCUAGCUUUAGCUGCAGAGGGAGAACGGAGCGCUGGUUUCGACGAGCUCUUCAGCGAUGAUAAGAUGGAGAGUUUGAUCUUGAAGGCAGAGGCCCUUAACUCUCCUUCGCUAGGCCUAAACGCUAACCGCCAGCUGCAGAACUCUCCUUCGCUAGGCCCGACCAGCCAGCUGCAGAACUCUCCUUCGCUAGGCCCGACCAGCCAGCUGCAGAAGGACAUGGGACAGAGCCCUGGGGGCUCAGAGGAUGCCCUAGAGGCUGAUCGCUCUUGGGACAACCCUGCCAUCACAUUUAAAUCACCAGUGCCAGUAGGGGGAGCAGAAGACACACUCAUCACCACAGAGCCUCUGAGAGACAGGAAAGAUGAGGCUGCCUCAGGCUCAUGUUCGUCGGGCUACAGCAGCAGGAAACACCCUGGUCCGGUGGAGGCCCUCAAACAGAUGCUGUUUAGCCUGCAGGCCGUGGAGCAACAGGUCAGUCUGGAGAAUGACUCAACACAAAAGGAAGUCACCUUGGAGAAUCCUUCAACACCAUACCAAACGCCAACGUUAGAGAACGGCACAAAACCACUGAUGAUAAAGAUGUCAGAUGACUAUGACACUGCGCUCGGUGGACAAUCAUUACAGAGGGCCCUGCAUCACCUUGGGAGAUUGAAGAGGCUUGUUGAAGACUCACCUGGUGGAAAGGCCAAAUCUCAGAAAGGGACAGAGUUGUAGAAGAACAGCCAUAUCUUUAUUGGAUAGUGUUGGUUAUGUGAAAAUGGUCUGAAAAAGCAUAAUGUCUAGGUCUUGACUUGGACAUUGAACAUGAGGGUCAAACAAGUAAAUCUCAUUGACAGGGGAAUUUCAGUGCCUCGAGUAUUAAAGAACAAAACUAGUCCACAGUAACUACACUAAUAGCCGGUUUGUAUUGUUUGUUUAUAAGUUUCUAUUUUAUGAUAUCUCAAGUGCACAUAACAUCUAGUAAAUUCAAUAUUCAGUAAAGCCUUGUGCCUUUAUAAACAGGAAGAUCUCACAGAACCUGAUUUUAAUAAAUUGUACGUCACAAUGCCA